AUGUCAAAUUUGUCGAGGGUGUUGGAGAGGCAACAUAAACAAAGGGAAGAAAUCCGGCGUAGACGUGCUCAAGAAGAUCGGGAUGCCGAUGAAGAAGAGGAACAACUGCUUGCAGCAGCGGUGUGUAUGAUGGAUCAAUCAAGGCAACACCGUUGUCGUCGUGCCCCGAAUGUGGACAGACGUAGGGAGUCUCGGGGUAAGAAUCUCAUGGAGGAUUAUUUUAUCCCAAAUUCGUUAUAUCCUGCUUCUAAGUUUCGAGAAAGAUAUAGAAUGCAGCCACAUUUGUUCCAAAAAAUCAUGCAUGAUAUCUGUAAUUACGACACAUACUUCAUUCAAAAGCAUGAUGUUGUUGGAGCUUUGGGUCUUAUCCCAAAGCAAAAACUUACAGCUGCUUUGCGGAUGCUUGCUUAUGGGGCAUCUGCAGAGCAGAUGGAUGAGAUUGCAAGGAUGGGAAAAUCUACUGUCCUAGAGUGCUUAGUGAGAUUCUGUGAUGCAGUGGAAAAUUUGUACACGAGGGAGUACCUUCGCAAACCCACGCCAAGAGACCUGCAACGGCUUCUACAAAAAGGCGAGGCUCGAGGUUUCCCAGGAAUGAUUGGAAGCAUCGAUUGCAUGCACUGGCAGUGGAAGAACUGUCCUACUGCUUGGCAAGGGGAGUACGGGAAUCGGAAUGGCCAAAAAAGUAUAAUUUUGGAGGCUGUAGCUUCAUUCGAUUGUUGGGUGGACGACAUUCUGAAAACAAUUCUGAAUCCUCAAUCCGAGAAGGAAAGAAACUUUGCUUCCUUUCAAGAAGGUUACAGGAAAGACGUGGAGAGGUGUUUCGGUAUCUUGCAAGCUCGUUGGGCAAUUAUUAGAGGUGCUGCUCGGAUGCUAGAUGAGGAGGUGUUGCGGAGUAUUAUGAUGACUUGCAUCAUCCUUCACAACAUGAUUGUGGAGGAUGAGUAUGACUAUGAUGCUCAAGAGGUGUUUGAACCCGAUCCAAUGAACACAUCGUUGACAAGAAUAUAUGAAAGGCCAAUUGGACCAAAUGGACUACCACUGGAGCCCGAACCCUUACUUCGGGAUGGUCAAUUCAACAACCCCAUGAUUGAUCGGUAUCAAGAAAUGCAAUCUUCAUAUGUUCACGAGAUACGUCAAGGUGACUUGGUCGAGCACUUGUGGGAAAUGAAAGGCAACCACAAUGGAUGA